GUUAUAUCCGUGAAUCCUCAUCUCUCUUCCCUGUUUUUCUGUUCUUUCUCAUCCUCUUCCUUCGUUCGCACAAGUUCGCACCAGUCCUUGGUCGUUUUUUUUUCUUUCUUCGUUCUCACCAGAAGCGUCUUCCUUCUUCUUGGUCGUCUUCCUGAGUUCGUCUGUGUAGACCUAAUCUGAGUAUUGAGUUGAUUGAUUUAAAUUUGCUAUUAUUUGAGUAUGAAACUGAAAUAGUAGAUGGUAUCAACGCAGCAGCACCAGACUUUACAGCCCCUAAAGGAAUUUCAGUAUUGCUCUCAAUGGGCUCUUUGGCUACCCCCAAAGCAGCACCCUGUAUCUGCCCAGCACCAACGUCAAUUGCAGCAUCCACAAGCAGCCCGGCAUUGUAUAUAAUCUGCCCAACACAUACCUUAGAAUUUCCAGCGCCCACCAGCAUCCCCCACCCUUUUCAGUUUGCCCGGAAGUGAGAGUAUUUCCAGGCCGUACACUACCAGGAGCAGCAGUCCCUAGUUUGGCCGUACAAGCAGACCUCAAACCUUCAGAGUUUAGAGCAAGGAAUUGCGGUUUAUGUGUUUAUGUCAUUCGGGAUGAAAAUUGCGGUUUAUGUUUUUAUGUCACUUGGGAUUAAAAAAUUGUAGAUACAAGAAGAACUUAAGUUGUAAAGUACAAUAAAGACUAGCAGACCGACUAGAGAAGACAUGACUACCUUAACAAAUUCUUUUCUUUCAUGGUAUGGGAAUGCUGGAGUAAUAGCAGUAGGUUGGUUUGCUUAUGCUGGAGUAAUAGCAGAAGAAAAUUGCGGUUUCUUCAGGUGGGAAGAAGGUGUUAACACGCAUUCAUCACCUCAAAUUGAAGAUGUCAACGUCUUUAAGACACAGCCAAUCACAUUUGACAUACAACUUGAAAAGAGGAUGAUGGAAGAAAAGAUUAAGAAGCUGUGUUUCAAAAAUCAAAGACUGAAAGGGGAAGUGCAACAACUGAAAAAUGAAGUCUGUGAACUUCGUAGUGAAAAAUUUAAGUGUUCAAGAAUUUGGAAGAAGUAUUCCCUGUGUCUAACAAUUUCAUUCUUCAUGUUUUCCAUUGUACUCUUGUUCUUGAAAUAAAUAUGAUUUCAAUAGUUCAAGGAUUUCUACCAUUGUUUUUUCAGAAUUUGGUUAUGUAAUUCUAGAAUUUGUACCAUUGUUUUUCUUAAAUUUGGCAAUGUAAUUCCUGUACUACUAUUUAAUCCAUCCUCUUUUACUUUAGC